GCAUGUCUGUGUUACGUCCCCCAUAAUAUUGUUAGUUUUUUUGGAAUGGUGUUUUGUUGUUGUUUUUCUUCCCUUCUCUUUUGCCCUCACUUUUGUUUUAACAGGUCAGUGUGUGUCUGCCAAUCACAGCGAUGCAUGGUGAUGACAAUGUGCAGCUCCACCAAUGGGGGCGCCCUACGUGGGAUUUAAAAGGCACACCUGUGCAGGAAGCGGGAGUUCUCUGGCACGCGGCGUCUUUUGUUUGUCUGGUGGUUGACUCGUGUGGUUUUUGUUUUGUCCUGUACCAUCCUUGUGUGAAUUUGUUGAUUAAGUCUGUGUUCUGUGCUGUAUCAGUGUUCCAUGCCUCAUUCUGGUCCUGUCUCUCUGAUAUUUCCUACCGACUGUUAUCUGGCUGCUUAAAUAUCAAAUCACACCAUAAACGGGGAAAGAGAUAGAACAGGUAAGACAUCACGUGAUGUACAUACGUAACACUGAGCUACAGCUACUUGUUUAGAACACUAGGUUAGUGACACGUGCCACCCCUUGUAUUUUUGUUUCUAGUAAGUGUAGUGUAGUUAGGGCGUCUUGCCCGCUGAAGAUGUUUCUUUUUGUUUAACGUAUGGUUUAUCGUGACUGAGUUAGAUUAGAAGUUUUGUUUCCGGUUUAUUAAGAUUGUUUUGUUUCUUUCCCUGAGUUGGCACGGUCUUGUUCUUUUCUCUUGUCCCUGUUUUGAUGUGAAUUAUUUUUGGGUUUUGUUUUGUAAAAAUUAUAAUGUAUAUAGUUUGUAUAUAAUGUUUGGACUGUUUGGUGAUGGUAUGGUUCACUAGAAUAAAAGACACUAUUGUGGACUUGGUGGUUUCCAGUUAGUACUUAUUUCCAGUACACGUUCAGGGUUUUAAUGUUGCACCCUUGACCCCUAGGCACAUACAAAAAGGGUUUGUAACAUUAGUGGGGGCUCGUCCGGGAUAAGUAACAAAUAACAGCUGGUCCCGAACAAUUAAGCACUGUUCAUGUACUGGAAAUCAUGUGAUGGUACAGGUUGGGGAGUGUUAGAAAGGUUGUGGGUUGCUGUUUGUUGGAUAGGAGUAACAAUCAUGACUUCGUUUGAUUUAAAAACCUUUGUUGAUAACCCCACGGUGGGGCUAUUUGACAAAUGUAGAAAGGAUGAUUUACUAGCCAUUGCGAGUCAUUUCCAAAUUCCGGUAGGGAGACAAUCGCAUAAGAAAGAGAUUAAGGAUGUUGUGUGGAAUCGUUUGCUUGAAUUAAAAAUUCUGGUUGCUUCGGACUCAGACUCGGUGUUAGUCGGUGCGGAAGGCAUUUCUAGUCCUGAUAUAACUGAUGGAGAGAAUGUGCGAGGUGAGCCGUUCUCCGGAACUGGCGCAGAGGAUGUGGUUAGGACCGUCCUUCCGCCGUUUGAUCCAUUUUCACCUGUUUCCUCUGGUUCCAAGGGGGAUAUGAGGUUAAAAGUUCGGAUAGCUCGUUUGCAAAUGGAAGCUCAAGAAAAAGCGGAUAAACGACAGGCUGAAUUAGAAUUGCGCCUUAAGAUACGCACACUUGAGAUUGAGGCUGAGAAACAAGUUAGGAUGCGACAGUUGGAAUUGGAUGCCAUGAAAAUUGUUGGUGGUGCAGCUGUCGCGCAGCCGGUUCCUCCUCCUCAAGUGAUGCCAGCUCCUUCUGCACAUGUGCCCUCGCGAGUUGCUAUGGCCUCUCCCCUGGCAGGUGCACACUCAGUAGCGGGUACGUUUGAUGUUGGUAAAAAUAUCAUGUUAGUACCUCAUUUUAGGGAAACCGAGGUUGACUCCUAUUUUAAUGCCUUUGAACGUAUCGCAACUUCACUUUGUUGGCCAAAAGAAGCAUGGACAAUUUUACUUCAGUGCAAAUUAGUGGGUAAGGCACAAGAGGUUUUCUCGACUUUACCUUUGGAGGAGAGUUUACAAUAUGACACCGUAAAAUUAGCCAUUCUCUGUGCGUAUGAAUUGGUUCCCGAAGCCUAUAGGCAGAGGUUCCGUAACCAUAAAAAGAGUUCUAAUUCUACUUUUGUAGAGUUCGCCCGUGAGAAAAGUGCUUUGCUGGAUAAAUGGUGUAGUGCCAGUAAAGUGGAAGACUUUGCUUCAUUGAGAGAACUAAUUUUGCUGGAAGAUUUUAAAAGUUGUCUACCGAAACGUGUUGUGGUUUAUUUGAACGAGCAAAAGGUAUCAUCGCUGUCACAUGCUGCCGUUUUAGCAGACGAAUUUGUCCUUACACAUAAGACAGUGUUUUCUUCACGCACAGAUAAGAGCGCAGUUCGGCCUUUUCUUCCUAUACCCGAUCAGUCUUCUCGGGCAAAGGUCGCACCUUCAUCUAAAGAUGUUCGUGAGUGUUUUUAUUGUCAUAAACAGGGCCAUUUAAUCGCUGACUGUAAUGCUUUAAAACGUAAACAACAAACACAGCAGCCUAAAAGCGUUGGCUUACUGAAUGCUAUGUGUCAGGUAGGACGUUUUAGCUCCGAAGGGACACAGGAUGCUCCUGAUGUUGGUUAUAAACCUUUCGUGAUGAAGGGGUUAAUCUCCUUAUCGGACGAUGCGACUGAUCAAAAAGAAAUACAGAUAUUAAGGGACACCGGAGCAAAUCAAUCUUUUGUUUUAGCUGAUGUUUUAUCAUUGUCACCCGACUCAUAUUGUGGCUCAAGUGUCUUUGUCCGGGGCAUUGAGAUGGGAGUGGUUAAAGUCCCACUACAUCGCGUGUACUUGAAGUGUGCGCUUGUUACAGGUUACGUGAAGGUUGGUAUACGUCCUUCACUGCCGGUAAAAGGGAUAACUUUUAUCUUGGGGAAUGACUUAGCUGGUGGCGAAGUCAUGCCCAUGUUGGAAGUUACGGACACUCCGAAAAUGGGUCUAGUUACUGAUGAGUUAUCUAAAGCUUUUCCAGAUGUGUUUUACGCGUGCGUAGUCACACGCGCACAAUCGCGGAAAUUUGUGGAAGAUGUCGAUUUGGCUGAUACAUUCAUGGUGCACAAUGUGGUUGGGGAAGAUAUAACAAAGUCUAACUUAAAACACUCAGAAGGGCCGCUUGGUAGUAGUAACUUGAAGCUGCCUGUAACUCGAGAAAAGAUUAUUACUGCACAGAAUCAAGAUCAGACCUUAAGCAAAUGCUUCUCUAGCGUUGUUAACCCUGACGCUGUUAAAAAGAGAAACAUUGCUUAUUUUUUAGAAGGUGGAAUGUUAAUGCGCAAGUGGAGUUCAGGGGUUGACACAGACCUAGACUGGAAUGCAGUCUAUCAAAUUGUCGCUCCUAGCGAGUAUCGGCAAAAUGUUCUAUCUUUGGCACAUGAGCAUUUAUUGUCUGGACAUCUGGGAGUGACAAAGACAUAUCAUCGCAUUCUCAGACAUUUUUUUUGGCCAGGGAUAAAGAGAGAUGUUGCUAGAUUUUGUCGAACUUGCCAUGUUUGCCAGCUAAUGGGAAAACCGAAUCAGCUGAUUCCACCCGCUCCUCUCUCGACUAUCCCUGUAAUGGGUGAGGCAUUUGAACAGGUGCUUGUCGACUGUGUCGGACCCUUACCUAAAACGAAGUGUGGUAAUCAAUUCUUGUGCACUAUUAUGUGUAGAGUUACUAGAUUUCCUGAGGCGGUGCCUUUGAGAAAAAUAACUGCUCCAGUGAUUGUAAAAACGUUGCUUAAAUUCUUUUCCACGUUUGGUCUCCCUAAGGUUAUACAGACUGACCAGGGAACAAACUUUCUAUCACGACUUUUUGCACAAGUUUUAAAGUCACUGUGUGUAGAACACAGAGUGUCCAGUGCUUACCAUCCUGAAAGCCAAGGAGCUAUUGAAAGGUUUCAUCAGACCUUAAAAUCCAUGUUGAGAAAAUAUUGCUUGGAAACUGGAAAUGAUUGGGAUGAGGGUGUUCCUCUAGUGUUAUUUGCAAUCCGAGAAACUGUGCAAGAAUCCUUGGGAUUCAGUCCAGCUCAGUUAGUAUUUGGACACACUGUGAGAGGACCAUUAAAAGUUCUCAAAGAGAAAAUGCUGGAAGCCGAUACGAAUUCAGAGAUGCAUGUUCUGGAUUACGUCAGUCGUUUUCGUGAACGAUUGCAUUAUGCAUGCAGUUUUGCACAGAAGUGGUUAGCCACUGCUCAGUCAAAAAGGAAGAAACGCUAUGAUAUCAAAUCUGUGUACCGUUCUUUUCAGCCUGGAGAUGAAGUUUUAGUGUUGCUGCAGAUUCACGGUUCUGCCUUAUCAGCACGGUUCUCAGGUCCAUACGUUGUGUUGAGAAAAAUCAGUGAGACUGAUUAUGUUGUCCGAACUCCUGACAGAAAGCGUAAGUCACGCGUCUGUCAUAUCAAUAUGCUCAAGGCUUAUCACACCAGGGAUGAUUCACAGAACAGAUCUGCUGAGGUGACCAUAGGGCCCAUGGAAUCUUCUGUGGCUCUGACUUGUGAAAUCCAAUCAGAUUUGGAGGACGAAGUUGGUGCAGAUGACAUAAUCUUACGUAAUACUUCUCCACAAUGUGCAAAGUUGGAAAAUUCUGAAAUUUUAAAAAACUUGUCGACCCAUUUCUCUCAUUUACCUGAAGAUCAGAGACGAGACAUUGUGGGCGUUAUUACUGAUUUUCCUUCUUUAUUCGGAGAUGUUCCAUCUCAAACUACCGUGUUGCAACACGAUAUUAAUGUUAAUGGCGCAUCCCCUAUUAAGCAACAUUCUUAUCGGGUUAAUGCCAUUAAAAGAUCUAUUAUGAAGCAAGAGACUGAUUAUUUGUUGCAGAAUGGGUUAGCUAAACACAGCAGUAGCCCUUGGAGUUCUCCUUGCCUUUUAGUACACAAGCCAGACGGUUCGUUUCGUUUCUGCACUGACUACCGUCGUGUUAAUGCAGUUACAGUACCUGACUGUUAUCCAUUACCCAGAAUGGAGGACUGCAUUGAUAAUUUAGGUUCCGCCAAAUUUGUCAGCAAACUGGACUUAUUGAAAGGGUAUUGGCAGGUCCCGCUAACAUCUCGUGCUUCUGACAUCUCUGCUUUCGUGACACCAGACUGCUUUAUGCAAUAUCAUGUAAUGUCGUUUGGCUUACGGAAUGCACCUGCCACAUUUCAGAGAUUAAUACAAACAGUAUUGGCUGGAGUUCCAAAUUGCAAUGUUUACUUAGAUGACCUUGUACUGUAUUCAACUGGAUGGACAGAACAUCUGAAACUCAUUCGUACAGUGUUUGAACGUUUGGAGAAAGCUUCAUUAACUCUCAAUCUGUCUAAAUGUGUCUUUGGUAAGGCAAGGGUAACGUACCUGGGAAAAGAAGUUGGAGAAGGCCAGGUAAAGCCUGUAGACGCUAAAGUGACUGCUAUUGCGGAUUUUCCUGUGCCUACUUCUAGGCGGGAGUUAAGACGUUUUCUGGGUAUGGCAGGCUACUACCGUAGUUUUUGUAAAAACUUUUCUACAGUAGUUGCCUCAUUGACCAGUUUGCUUAGCCCAGUUAAUUCUUUUGUCUGGACUGAGGAUUGCCAGAAUGCAUUUGAGGCAGUGAAAGCUAUGUUGUCUAGUGCUCGAAUCUUGGCCGCCCCAAAUUUUGGGCGGUCUUUUAAGCUGGAAGUGGACGCGAGCGCUGUGGGAGCUGGGGCUGUGCUUCUGCAGGAAGAUGAUGCAGGGGUAGAUCACCCAGUUUGUUACUUUUCAAAAAAAUUUAAUAAACAUCAAAAAAAUUAUUCUGUCAUUGAAAAGGAAACAUUGGCAUUGUUGCUCGCUUUGCAGUUUUUCGAAGUGUACCUGGUACUUCAAGUGCACCUAUAGUUGUUUACACUGACCAUAACCCUCUGGUUUUCCUAUCUAGAAUGUAUAAUAAGAAUCAACGUCUUAUGCGUUGGUCAUUGGUGGUUCAGGGAUAUAACAUUGACAUCAAGCAUAAAAAGGGUUCAGAGAACGUGUUAGCUGAUGCUCUGUCUAGAGUAUACUCUGAUAAAUCUGUUUUGAAAUAAACGUGACAUGUUUAUUUUUAAGGAGGGGAGUGUUACGUCCCCCAUAAUAUUGUUAGUUUUUUUGGAAUGGUGUUUUGUUGUUGGCUCAGUACUUGGUCCUCUUCUUUUCUCCCUGUAUACACACUUUCUUGGUGAAGU